AUGUCAGGCACCGGCCAAGUCGGCUCCCACAUCCUCACCCACCUCCUCGGCACGGGUAAACACCAAAUCACAGCUCUAACUCGACAUACCAGUACCGCCACCCUCCCCACCAACCCCAACCUCACCAUCGUUAAGGUCGACUACGACGACAAGGCAGCCCUCACCUCCGCCCUCUCCAACCACGACUUCCUCAUCAUAACCCUCUCCGCACGCGCCCCACCGACUCUCCACUCCCGCAUCGUGUCCUGCGCCGCGGCCGGUAAAAUCCACUGGAUCAUGCCUAAUUACUUCGGGUACGGCAUCGGUGAUCGCGCGCUCAGCGGGAAAGCUGAACUACCUGCCAACUUCGAGCGCUACAUUGACGAUGUGAAGAACACGCCAGGAUUCGAUUACACAGCGCUUGAGCGUGACGAUGUAUGGAGACGGGAUGAAGAAGGUUAA